GGACUAUAAGAAGAGAGUGUCAGGCUGAAAGAGCUAAUCCUCAGAGCAACCAGGAGGAGGUUCUGCCAAGCAAAGGAGAGGUGGGGACCCAGAGAGACAAAAGAUUUCCACCUUGUGCCAAAGCUAUAAAAGGGGGUGGAGCAGAAGAAAGGAGGCGGCCAGUCAUCAGAAAACCCUUGCUUACCACCUAAAAUAUCUGCUGGAACAAACAAGGACUGUAUCAGUGGACAGGAUUGGGCCCAGACUAGGAAGGAGUCUAGUCUGUGAAAGAAGCUUAUUGGAACAUCUCUGAGGGUUCAGACUGCCUGAAAUGCUACUUCUGCUCCUUGUUGCUCUGUUAGAAAUUAAAGGAGAUAAUAGUGGAUGAGCAAAUAUCUUUGACAUGGUCCAUGGAAAGCCAAAUUAUCUGGACAUAUCACAGGAGUGCUGUCUCCUCCAGUAUCCAGAAAUUUGUGAUUGCAUAGAAACUGAACUAAAAUGUGUAGAUGUUAAUUUAAAAUCUGUUCCACUUGUUUCAAGCAAUGUAACCCUACUGGCAGAACGCCACCCAAAGAGGGCGCUCUACUGGCGCAAAACUAAUUCCCCGAAGCGGCCAGGAGGAGGCGCCACAGCGGUGAGCUACCGACCCUGUCACAGAUUUCUGCAACAUAAUUGCAUUCAAACUAUUUCAAGGAAAGCAUUUUUUGGAUUAUACAAACUUCAGAUAUUAUAUCUCAGUCAUAACUGUAUCACCAGGAUAUCUGGGAUAUUCAGAGACCUAUUGAAAUGGCUAAUUCUAGAUGGUAACCCAAUAGCGAAAAUUUCACAGCAGCUAUUUACUGGGCUAAAGUCUUUGUUUUUUAUGUAAUGUCUUCCUUUUAUGAUAAGCAACUCACUUGAGGCCCUUCCCAGGAAAAUGUGUACUGAAAUGCCUUUUAUUAACUGGAUGGAUUUUGAAGGCAAUCGUAUCAAGACCUUAACUAAUACCACCUUACUGGAAUGUGAUGCACUCACAGUACUUUUUCUUUGUGGAAAUCAAAUUUGUUUUGUGCCUGAAAAGACAUUUUCUUCAUUAAGAGAUCUGGGAGAACUUGACCUCUCCAACAACUUAAUUACAGAAUUACCACAUUAUAUUUUUGAAGAUCUGAAACAUUUACAAAAACUUAACUUGUCUUGCAAUCCACUUUCUCAGCUGUAUGGGGAUCAGUUUGACAGUCUUCAACAACUUGAGUCUUUAGACCUGGAAACUAUAGAGGUUCCAAAUAUAAAGUCAAGAAUGUUUCAGUCCCUGAAGAACCUUUCCUACAUCUAUUUCAAAAAUUUUCCGUAUUGUUCCUAUGCACUCCAUGUGCAAAUGUGCACACCAUUAACAGAUGGGAUUUCAUCAUUUGAGAACCUCUUGGCUAAUGUUCUUAGAGUAUUUGUCUGGGUCAUAGCUUGUGUUACCUGUUUUGGGAAUCUUUUUGUCAUUGGAAUGAGAUCAUUUAUCAGUGCUGAAAACAAGACGCACACCACGUCUAUCAAAAUGUUGUGUUGUACUGAUUGUCUGAUGGGAGUGUACUUCUUCUCCAUUGAAGUCUUUGACAUUAAAUACUGUGGACAAUAUAAAAAAUAUGCUGUGCUGUGGAUGGAGAGUUUACCAUGUCAUAUCAUGGGUUUCCUGGCCAUGUUUUCUACAGAGGUCUCUGUCUUGUUGUUGACAUAUCUGACUUUGGAAAAAUAUUUAGUAAUUGUCUUUUCCUUCAGUAAUAUCCGACCAGGAAAGCAUCAGACAAUAAUAAUCCUUGUAUCCAUAUGGUUUAUUGGGUUUGUAAUAGCAAUAAUCUCAUUUUGGGAUGAGGAUUUUUUUGGAAAUUAUUAUGGAAAAAAUGGAGUUUGUUUCCCACUUUAUUCUGAUCAAACAGAAGAAAUUAGAGGCAAGGGGUAUUCUCUUGGGAUUUUUCUUGGUGUGAACCUACAAGCAUUCAUCAUAAUAGUGUUUUCAUAUGUCAGUAUGUUUUACUCCAUUAAAAAAACUGCCCUUCAGACAUCAGAAGUAAGAAGCAACAUUCACAUGGAUGCUUCUAUGUACUUCAUACCAAAAGAAAAUGCUGAUUAUCUUCUAAAGUUCUGUAUUUCAUUGUGAUUUUUUCUAGGCACUGUCACUUUCUGGAUAGUGAUAUUUAUUCUGCCAAUAAACAGUGCCUUAAACCCAAUUCUCUACACUCUCAUCACCACUUUCUUUAAGGAGAAGUUAAAGCAGUUACUGCAGAAACAUCGAAGGAGGUCGGUUUUCAAAAAUGACAGAAAAAGCUUGGCUACUUCAAUAGUAUGGACAGAUGAUUCCUUAAUUCCUGCCUCCUUUCUUAGACUUGGAUUUUUAAACAAAUAA